GCAGAGAUAUCAGAAAUGGGUUCAGAGCUAGGAUCUAAUCAAGGGUACCGGACUAGACAGCGGUAUGCAGUGAGGGUUGAUCGAUAUCAGGACGGAGACAUCAUCAGAUGUGAGGCUCAGAGACCUGGCAUUGCAAGCAGUAAACGUGUAUCACUCAACCUCACACUGGAUGUCAGGUACGAGCCUGUGUUUACCAGCUGUAAUACAUCGUACAUUUUCGUGGAGAACGUCACAGCUGAGCUCUCUUGUACUGCCUGGGCUAAGCCUGAGCCCACGAUAAGCUGGAGUCGCGGAGUUCAGCCAGGACAAGUCAGCGUGACAAAUCACAGAUAUAGAUCUGUGGUAAAGUUUAAGAAGAUCAGCAGGACUGACUCUGGAAUCUACACUGUGAGAGCUAGUAACAGUUUGGGGACAGGAAAAGAGAAGACGGUCAAUGUCACUGUGUAUUUCGGACCUGACAGUGUACAGCUCCGACCAGAUUCCGGACAAUCGGGAAACACAGUCACCGUCACAGAAAACAACAACGUGACAUUUACAUGUACCAGUGGCGAGUCCAAUCCUGCUGUCGUCCUCUCAUGGUACAACAACAGCAGUCCUGUAUCAGCAGGAGAGAUAUCAGAAGUGAGCUCGCAGCGAGGGUCCAAUCACGGUUAUCUGACAACACAGCGGUAUGCAGUGAGGGUUGAUCGAUAUCAGGAUGGUGACGUCAUCAGAUGUGAGGCUCAGAGACCAGGCAUUGCAAGCAGUAAACGUGUAUCAGCCAACCUCACACUGGAUGUCACGUGUAAGGCUCUUCCUUGA